GUAAGCUUCAGCUUCCAAAAAUUAGGACAGGUUUUCUUUUUAAAAACAGGAUCAUUUCUUAUGCUACUUGCUGCUGCUCAUGUGUUCACCUUAGGGCAUGACAUAGAAGGUAAACACCAUAAUUAAAAACAGAAGUAAAUCUGUUAUACCACAUUUAGCAGACUCUCUUUAUUUUUUAGAUUUAUGAAGAACUCUUCCCGUGAAUUCAUGGUGUUUCAUCCUAUAUACGACUGAGAUAUCAAACUUUUUGGAUUGUUGUUUUUGGACCAAAAAUGACAUCUAUUAUCAAAUUAACUACCCUCUCGGGGGUUCAGGAAGAGUCUGCUCUUUGCUAUCUUCUGCAAGUUGACGAGUUUAGGUUUCUCCUGGACUGUGGCUGGGAUGAGCACUUUUCUAUGGAUAUUAUAGACUCCCUGAGGAAGCAUGUUCACCAGAUUGAUGCAGUGCUGUUGUCCCAUCCUGAUCCUCUUCAUCUUGGUGCCCUCCCGUCUGCUGUCGGGAAGCUGGGGCUGAAUUGUGCGAUCUAUGCGACCAUUCCUGUUUAUAAAAUGGGACAGAUGUUCAUGUAUGAUCUUUACCAGUCUCGACACAACACAGAGGACUUUACGCUCUUUACAUUAGAUGAUGUGGAUGCAGCCUUUGAUAAAAUACAGCAGUUAAAAUUCUCUCAGAUUGUGAAUUUGAAAGGUAAAGGACAUGGCUUGUCUAUCACACCUCUGCCAGCUGGUCAUAUGAUAGGUGGAACAAUAUGGAAAAUAGUCAAAGAUGGAGAAGAAGAAAUUGUCUACGCAGUUGACUUUAACCACAAGAGGGAGAUCCAUUUAAAUGGAUGUUCCCUGGAAAUGCUAAGCAGACCCUCCCUGCUUAUCACAGAUUCAUUUAAUGCUACGUAUGUGCAGCCUCGGAGGAAACAGAGAGACGAACAACUUCUGACAAAUGUCCUGGAAACGCUUCGAGGUGAUGGAAAUGUGUUAAUAGCAGUGGACACCGCGGGCAGAGUUUUGGAACUUGCUCAACUCCUUGAUCAGAUCUGGAGAACUAAAGAUGCAGGGCUAGGUGUCUACUCACUGGCACUCCUGAAUAAUGUCAGCUACAAUGUGGUGGAGUUUUCGAAGUCCCAGGUAGAAUGGAUGAGUGACAAAUUGAUGAGAUGUUUUGAAGACAAAAGAAAUAAUCCAUUUCAGUUCCGCCACCUCUCUCUGUGCCACGGUCUUUCUGACCUGGCCCGGGUACCGAGCCCUAAAGUGGUGCUUGCCAGCCAGCCCGACCUGGAAUGUGGAUUUUCAAGGGAUCUCUUUAUUCAGUGGUGUCAGGACCCUAAAAACUCAAUCAUUCUAACCUACAGAACUACUCCUGGGACUUUAGCACGUUUCCUAAUUGAUAAUCCUUCCGAAAAAAUUACAGAAAUAGAGUUAAGGAAGCGUGUGAAGCUUGAAGGGAAAGAACUUGAAGAAUACUUGGAAAAAGAGAAACUAAAGAAAGAAGCUGCGAAAAAACUUGAGCAGUCAAAAGAGGCAGACAUCGAUUCUAGUGAUGAGAGUGACGUUGAGGAAGAUAUUGACCAGCCCUCAGCUCAUAAAACCAAGCAUGACCUGAUGAUGAAAGGUGAAGGUAGUCGUAAAGGAAGUUUCUUCAAACAGGCUAAAAAGUCUUAUCCUAUGUUUCCUGCCCCAGAAGAAAGAAUUAAAUGGGAUGAAUAUGGAGAAAUUAUCAAACCAGAGGAUUUCUUAGUGCCAGAACUUCAAGCAACUGAAGAAGAGAAAAGCAAAUUGGAAUCUGGCUUGACAAAUGGAGAUGAACCCAUGGAUCAGGAUCUAUCUGAUGUUCCCACUAAGUGUAUUUCUACAACAGAGUCUAUUGAAAUAAAAGCUAGGGUUACUUACAUAGACUAUGAAGGACGCUCUGAUGGAGAUUCCAUUAAAAAGAUCAUUAAUCAGAUGAAACCACGACAGUUGAUCAUUGUCCACGGACCACCAGAGGCCAGUCAAGAUCUUGCCGAGUGCUGCCGUGCAUUUGGUGGGAAAGAUAUUAAGGUGUACAUGCCAAAGCUACACGAAACAGUUGAUGCCACUAGUGAAACUCACAUCUACCAGGUGAGAUUGAAAGACUCACUUGUCAGCUCCCUUCAGUUUUGUAAGGCAAAAGAUGCUGAAUUAGCUUGGAUAGAUGGAGUCUUAGACAUGAGAGUUUCCAAAGUGGACACAGGAGUUAUCUUAGAAGAAGGAGAACUGAAGGAUGAUGGAGAAGACUCGGAAAUGCAGGUGGACGCUCCUUCGGACUCCAGCGUUCUGGCACAACAGAAGGCCAUGAAGAGCCUGUUUGGGGAUGAUGAAAAAGAAACGGGUGAAGAAAGUGAGAUCAUUCCGACUUUGGAGCCCUUACCCCCCCAUGAGGUUCCUGGACACCAGUCAGUUUUUAUGAACGAACCAAGACUGUCAGACUUCAAACAAGUUCUUUUACGGGAGGGGAUUCAAGCUGAAUUUGUAGGGGGCGUACUUGUUUGCAACAAUCAAGUAGCAGUCCGCAGGACGGAAACUGGCCGCAUUGGAUUAGAAGGCUGCCUUUGUCAAGAUUUUUAUAGGAUAAGAGACCUUUUAUAUGAACAGUAUGCCAUUGUGUAAAGAACGUGAUGUCAAGAAGUGUCUGUUUGACCUUUCUAAGAGAAAAGGGUUCUUAUUCUAAGCUUUUGCUUUUUUGUUUUGUAACAUACAAAAAAGAAAUGCCAGAAAAAUUUAA